AUACCUUCUUAGCAAAGGGCUCUGCUACUCUGGACAAGUUGAAGAACCUCUGUAACGAAGGGAAAGAACAUCCUUCCACGCUUUUGCAGCUCUAUACGCAGGCUGUCUUAGACAUUACAUAUUUUGAGGAAAACAAGCUUGUGGAUGAAGAGUUUCCAGAAGAAUCUUCCUUGCAAAAAGUUAAAGAACUUACUUGUAUUCUUUCAGAACCAGAAGAUCUAGUGAGGGAAUGCAACAUAAAUGAAGAACCCAUCAACAUCCUUGGUGCAGAGUUGUUAGAAUGUCUUUACUGGAGAAAAGGAGCCCUGCUUUACAUGUAUUGUCACACUGCAAAAGAAAGGAGUGAAUGGCUACGAGAAAACAUUGCUAUAUUUAAAAAGUGUCUUAAUGAUGGAGUUCAUUACUUGAUGAAGAUGCUUAGCUUUAGAUGCCCUCUUCAGCUAAAUGAAGAUGUCUCACUUCAAGAUAAAGAUACAGCUAGAUUACUCAGUGAAGGUAUAUUUAGUGAUACUCACUUACUGGCGAUGAUGUACAGCGGAGAAAUGUGCUACUGGGGACUGCGACACUGUGGAGAAGGGAAGCAGGAAAGCCUUGAGACAAUAGAUUCUGUCUCUAACAGUGACCUGGGCUGCAGAUCACAGAGCGUGUCACUGGAUUUCCGAGAAACGGGCAAAAUCAUGUUAAUGAAGUAUGUGGCUGUAUGUGAGGGACCUUUAAAGGGCCAAGGGUGGAACACAACAACUGCAAAACAAAUGUUGUGUUACUUCGUGAAGUUCCACAACUAAAACAUGCCGCUUUGGCUGU